AUGAUCAAGGCGAUCCUCAUCUUUAACAACCACGGGAAGCCCCGCUACCAGCCCUACAGUGAAGAUACAAAGCAGCAAAUCAUCAGGGAGACAUUCCAUUUGGUAUCUAAGAGAGAUGAAAAUGUUUGUAAUUUCCUAGAAGGAGGAUUGUUAAUUGGAGGAUCUGACAACAAACUGAUUUAUAGGCAUUAUGCAACAUUAUAUUUUGUCUUCUGUGUGGAUUCUUCGGAAAGUGAACUUGGCAUUUUAGAUUUAAUUCAAGUAUUUGUGGAAACGUUAGACAAGUGUUUUGAAAACGUCUGUGAACUGGAUUUAAUUUUCCAUGUAGACAAGGUUCACAAUAUUCUUGCAGAAAUGGUGAUGGGGAGAAUGGUAUUGGAGACCAACAUGAAUGAGAUUGUUACACAAAUUGACGCACAAAAUAAACUGGAGAAAUCUGAGGCUGGCUUAGCAGGAGCUCCAGCCCGUGCUGUAUCAGCUGUAAAGAAUAUGAAUCUUCCUGAGAUCUCAAGAAAUAUUAACAUUGGUGACAUCAGUAUAAAAGUGCCAAACCUGCCCUCUUUUAAAUAAAAAUAAAUAAAUAAAAAGGCCACUCCUAGGUAAAAUCCAGGGGGAAAGUCAUCUAAGUUUACCAUGCAGUUGUUUACCAAAAAUAGAGGAGAGUCUUAACUUUUGCUCUUGGAUUGAAGUCAAGGUACUGUAGAGAAGUUGUGUAAAAUCAGUAUGGAAGUUCAAUGGUUCUUUUCCUGCUCAGUGAUUUUGAAGAAAUGGGGUAGUUUUCCAGUGUGAUAUUUCACUUUCUUUUCUAAACUGCGGUCCUGUGUCCACGUAAGGCAUGCCUCUCUGUACUGGCUACUUACUACAGUAUUUCAAGAAGUGUUGGACACAUUCCUUUCAACUGUGUACAAUCC